AUGAAAUUCUUUAUUCUCUACAGGGGCAAAGUGUCUACAGCUGAAGUUCCGGAAGGAUCGCUAGUCAGAAUUCUGAAAGAUCUUUUACGUCGCAAAUUUUCGCUUCAAGAUGUGGAACAAAGCGGAGACAAGAAGCUCGCACUGUCAUUCAAUACUAUUUGUCUACAGGACGACUGGGUUCUAAGCGACGUUGGAGUUCCGUCUGGUUCGACGCUUCAUUUCUACGUAACCACCGAGAAAUCGCCGGCUCUUCGCAUUCUCUGCAUUUUCUCGGGAGAGACUGUCAAUCUGUAUGAGACACUUGACAGGAAUACACGAGUCACACAGUUGAAACGGCUUGUUAUGAGUCGGACUGGUGUCCCCUACAGUGUCUUUAGGCUGAGUUAUGAACAACACGAGCUGUUUGAAUGUCACAGUCUUGGCCAUUAUGGCGUAAGUGCAGGCUCAUUGGUGAAGAUGGAAACUUGGGACGGUUGGAACAACUUUCUGAAUUCAGCUCGUCGAGGCCAGGCUAGGCAAACAGCUGACAACCUCAUACAUAAUGAUGUUGAGGUGGCUGCAUAUCAGAAGAGGGUGGCACUAUUUAUUGCUUCCCACUUGGGUCACACAGACCUUGCAGCAAAGAUGAUAAGAAUGGGAGCACAUGCAGAUGAGCCAGUCGGAGAGCAUCCUGCGAGACGAUGGUGCACUGAUACGAGCAAUCACAUGUUGUAUACUUCACCGGUUCAUGAAGCUGCUAUUAAUGGUCACUUGACUAUACUUCGAUUGUUUGUCAGAAAAAACUCUUCCUGUGUAGCUGCCAAAGAUGGCCGGGGGUUGACCCCAUUAGAUUUGGCAAAAGUGCACAAUCGAGUUGAUUGUGUCAGUUACCUAAAACAACAGCGAUGGAGAAAAAGCGGAGCUGAUAGGAAAGUGAGCCACUCUCUGUUUGCAAAGAUGCGUCACUGGAAGGAGAAAAGUCAUAUGAAGGCAAUAGCAGGAAAUAGUAGCAUGGGAGAUGGUAGAUUUUGCUUUCGUCCUCCAAUGGUAGGCUCUGCAAUCUAUAUUGAUGGCUUGCAUGAGAGCAUGCAGAAAUCACGCCAUGAGCUGGGCCAGGAGAUAGAUGUCCGAGACCUGUCUGAUUCUGACUAUGAAGUAUCUGGCAUAUCAAGCUAUAACUCUAGUUCCAUAAUCAGAGCUUCAAACGAAAACACUCUCCCUAAUAUAUCUACAUUUUUGCAACUUCCUCGUGACAACAGGAAGAGUAGACUGCCCACAAGGGAUACAAAAUUGCCUCCUCUAUCGAGACAGUCUACUGUAAAUGUGGCUGCAUCAUCAAUUGUUGUACCAAUUGACAAUGAUGCCAAUGCAAAGGGAAAUUCAAAAUCGAUUGCUCACCAUCUGCCCUGUAAUGAUAUGCUAGAGAAAACGAAGAAUGCAUAUGAACAAUAUUGUGGUAAAAGCACAGAAGACAGUGUAUUGGCAUGCAUGGACAUUGCUAGUAGUUUCUCCACAAAGCCCUGGUUGUCGCAAGUGCGUUUGGCUAUGGCUGUACAUCGAAACACAAUAAGACGACCUCACAGAAGAUCAAGAUCAGACCCUGCUGGGCAGAAUGACAUUGGAAUUGACACUGACAGCUUGACCCAAUUAAGUCUUACUUAA